UUUCUGCUGGUCGGACGAGUGGAAACUGGGGCUAGCAUUUGUGUUGUACACUUAUAAUUUUCAGUUAACAGAAAAUUCAUGUCAAUUUCCCUGAAUAAAAUUAUGGUAUCUUUUUACCUUGAAAUGAUAAGAAAUGUAAUUUCAGAAACAAAACAGCUUAGAAUCUUUAGAGUCUUCUUUAGAGAAGUCGUUGUUUUACCUGAGCCACCAGUAGCAGACACUGUAGCUGUCAGCGGUUUUCUUGGACAACACAACAUUGCUCUGUAACUUUGCAACGAUCGACUUUUUAGAGUGGAUUUUCAUCGAAUUUGUAGAAGAAUAUUAUUUUGACAUGUCUGUUAGAACUAUAGAUUUCACCUCCAGUGCAUAUGCUAAGACAAAGAGCUUCAAGGCGAAAGAAAAUACGACAUCGGCCUCGAAAAUCAAGGAAAAAAGAACAGCUGAAAAUCAGCUUUCAGGCGUCAAAAGUUCUUGGACCCCGCUGAAACAAGAUUUAAAUGAAAAGGUCUGUUUUUCGAACACACUGUUUACUCCUGUGUUAUAUUUACAGAUUAAUGCAAAAACAAUUAAUUUUGCAGCUCUUUGAUGAAAGGAAAGAACUUGUCAGCAACUGGGUGAGUUUAAAUUCAUGCUACAUGUACAAACUCGUCUACAAAACACCGCGAGCACAGCAGUAUCACUGUUAUGUCAAUAUUAUAUUAAUCGCUUGUUAUACUUCAAAAAGUCAUCUUCACAAGGCUAAGUGUAUAAACUUACUUAUGGCUCCAUACGUUAAGGAUUCGUUGACAAAGGAAAUACCAUUUAUUUAUUCUUUGGGCUUACUAAAAGCACCUCCUUUUUGUAAUGGAUUUCUUUUAUUAAUUUUGCAGUUAAGUUUUUAGCUCUGACAAUGGUAUUUAGUAGUGUUUGACUUGCUUUUAAACAGUAAUCUUAUAAACUACCACAGCGUCACCUUUCUUUUUCUUCUUUUUUUCUGGCUUAAAUUUACUGGCUAAUUUACUCGUCACAACCACCGAAUUACAGCGUUUUGUAUGAGAAAUUACAACAGGCCUCAUAUUAUACUGACAAACACUUGUAUGAUCAGAAUAAAAGUAUCUGUUGAAUCACUUCAUUUCACGUUUCAAAACUUACCACCUUUGUUUCAAUGACUGUGAUGAAAUCAUAAGAAAAACAAAAUCCUUCUCAUUAAAUUUGUUCAUUUCAUGAUUUCAGUUUGACAGAUGGUCAGAUGCUCAAAGAAGAAUCAUUCUUGAAAUCCUGAUAUCAAAAUGCAAGAACUCUCAACUACAAUACACAUUCUCUUUGAUCGAUGAAAGAAUUCCUAUAACUCAUGUUGAUUUCACACGGAAACUCCCACGAGUCAUAACAGUGUACAUCAUGUCAUUUCUGGAUCCUCGAAGUCUUUGUCGUUGUGCACAGGUUUGCUGGUUUUGGAAAUAUUUAUCUGAACUAGAUCAGAUCUGGAUGCCAAAGUGUUUCAAGUUUGGUUGGUUAUUGCCGUUUGUACCGACUCCUUAUGAACAGGGAGUUUGGAAGAGACAUUACCUUGAGUGUGUGAGAGGAUUACAGUACAUGAGGCCUAAGGUAAAGGAAAGGUUUUCCGUUUUGCAUAAUGUGCUAAAUUCUGGUAGGAAACAUGUAUUCAACCAGGGCUUAAAAAGCUUGAAUUCCAGCUUGUCCUUUGGGGAAGCAGCUCUCACAGUUUGCCUGCUCAGGGCCACUUCUUGCUUGUGUUUGUUAGUGAUUCACUUGUCUUAGAAGAUGACUUGCCUGGUUUCUUGCCUAUUGGGCAGUUGAGCUAUAUAAGGUACUUACCAAACAAGAAAAAUACUAUUGAGAUUAUUAUAGGCAGGGUAUUUUUUGAACCCUGAUUCAACUCUCUCCUCCACAGAGUUUUCCUGUGGGUAUAAAAUGAAAUUACUGAAAAAUAGUACGGGUGCAGAGUAUGAUUGCUCUGCAGGCUUUGUUUUCACAUAUCCCCAGCCUCAGAGGAGAAAGCCUGGAAGAUCUGCCAGUUGUUUGAACCUGAGUUAAGUUUUUACAUAAGGUGGAUAGCUUUAUGUGCUUGAAAAACCUCAUCUAGCACAUAGGUAGUGCAACACUUAUCCACUGAAUGGUGAUUUAUCAGGGAGAUGGCCUUUAUAUUUUGAAUAACUUAAGUUUGUUGUUUAUUUUAAAACAAGAACUUUUUUUUUCUUUGUUCUUGACACCCUUGUAUCUUGCUAUCAUGUUCAGAGCUUAAUGGCUCCAAAAAAUGUUGAGACAGUCAAACAUCUCAUAAUGAACUUACCUCUACAAAAUGGACACAUCUUUUUCAGGGAAAGUUCUUUUGUUCUCAGAUGCAAAAUUUUGUACAAUUCCUUCCACUUUGAAGCAAAAAUCUCUUUCCCUCUGGUGUCCAUAUUAGGGAGAUUUCACCAAUUUACAAUCACACCACACUUAAAUCGACUUUUGAUUCUAUUAGAGACCUUUUUAGGGAGGGAGGUACAUAUGCUCCCUUUCUGAAUUUCAAUUGCGGUCAUUUUGCAUUAAUUUUGUAGUCCUGAGUAGGCCCUGUCCUGACAGUAUUUAACCCAUCUUUAUGUCGUUUGUGUCCAUUUCAUGUAGUGGUACAUUGCUGUUUUAAUGCCAUGUCGCUUUGAGAUUUUACCCUGGGACCUCUCUUUAAUCUAGGAAAUAUAUUGCCUGCAUGGCAGCUGCUCCAUUUCUUUUUUUUUGCUCCUUUAACAUGGCAUAUGGUAUAAAAGAAUGUUAAAGCUGACAUUUUAGGAACUGGCUUCUCACUGGUCUGUGUUUGAAAUGGAAGCUUUUGACCCUGGCCUACACAGUAGCCAAUUCACCAUUUUUUACCUCAAAGCACAAUAAUUAUUUUCCAUGUUUUUCCUCCCACCUCUAACAAAUUGGUCACUUUAUCCUUUAAGCCCCAAUAUCCAAAUACAAAAUCUCCGCUUCAGACUGACUUCAUACUAUUGCAUACAGAAUUGGUUGAGAGAAAUUGAUAAAAGGUCAAAGCAUUUUCUCCUUCAUGAUUAUUAACUUAUUGGUUCUCGUAAACUUGAUCAUUAAUUUAUAAUUAGGAAUGAGAAUUAAAACACAAAACCUUUCUUUAACAGUCACCACCAGGUUCUCCAAAGGUAGUUCCCGCUGAAAAAACAAUAUCACGGAGUCAGAGUCAUGGAAGCUUGUUUAAAAAGACAAAUAAAAAGCCAGGAGCAAGCCAUGAUGUCCCCCCAUGGAGGGGUCCAGAUCCUCGUCCUAAUGAUAUUAAAAGAAGGCUAACUACUGAAGGACAUGUAGGAGGGUGCAGGUGAGUGUUACAGCUGCACAUCAGUUUAUCAUGCUCUCAUAACCUUUGUUGGGAAUUAUGCGCCAAUAGUGUGCAUACAUAUUUCGUAGUAUAUUUUUAUCCUUUUUGCUUUAUUAUAUUUCAGUUUGAUGGCAACGCUGAUUGCUAAAUAAUUAGCUCAUGAUCUCUGAUAAGUUCAAGGAACAGUCAUAUAGUGAACCGUGAUAACUGAUAAGAUAUUUGGAUUCCUUAAUUGAUAUCGUGGAAAUAAUGCUAAAUGUCAAUCACUUUGUAACACUAUAGGUUAGGUUUCAUGUGUAUUGGCAUUUGGGGGAGUCAAGGGGAGAAGAUCAUGCUAUUAAAACCAACUUGUUGCCGAAAAUAUUUGUGAGUGAGUGAGUUGCGAAAACUGUGACUUUAUUGUGAAUAAAGCUACAUCAAAAAGAUGAUCUGCUGAUGUUGUUAGGAGAAAAUUGAUGUUGGUCAGUCUUGAGACCUAAAGGAUUAAGGUGGAGUACAUUGUAUUCACAGGACUGUGCUUCAAAAGGGCCCUAUGGCCCCAGCCUGGCACCCAAUUUUUGCUCUCUCCUUGGGCUAGUCAAUGGUCAAUGUCUGGCCAAGAUGACCAUUUAUCCAGAAAAACGUUCGGUUUGCAGGUUAUUUUGAGUGGACACAUUUAAAAAUAAGUGACCAGCAAAGAAGAUAUAUUUUUAUACUGUCCAUUAGACUUCUGAGGUUUCUAUCAUGAGGACAAGUAUGACUAUCGUUUUUCACUUAACGUUUUUGCUUAUUAGAAUAAUAAUUUUAAGAUAUUGACCAGUCAGAAGGGAGACAUGACUGAGCUAAAAUUUCUUUGGCCAGUCAAUACCACCGGCAACAGCCCAAAUUUUUUUUAGCCCUGAUGUCUACCUAAACUUUUUCAUCUGUGACAAAAUCCCGAACUCGUCUCCAGGGGAUUUGCAUAGUAAUUUAAUAAAGAGGUUAUAAGUCAACAAUAAUGUAUUUCCAACAAAUUUUCUGGUGUUUGUAUAAUAAGGGCAGUGAUCUGGCCGGAGAUAUACGUUUCAAAAAAGAAAAAUCAUAUGCAGGCCAGAGCAUUGGAAUAUGCAACUUUCCCACAGAAAUGAAGGCAAGAAGGGAGAAGGAGGGGAUGGGGCUGACAGAAGAAAAGCAAAAAAAGGACACCAGAGCAGAUGGCAGAAGUCAAAAAGGCAAUGGCGUUGCGUUGUCCAGACUUGAAAGAUUGGAAGUUUGCCUCCUGUUUCUGCUUGAACUUUGUAGAAAACUGUGAAUUGGCAUCAGAAAGAAAACCCAGCCUAGUGCUUGACUCAGUUGUAAACAAUGUUUUCGAGAACAAACCAUACAUACAUUGACACUUUUUUUGUUUUUGUUUUUCUUUGUAUCAAGACGCUGCCAUAUGUCUUCACAUACAGAACACAGUGAUCAACACGAACAGACGCCUAAAAAGGGAACAUCAGCUAAAUCUGGCAAACCAAGAAUACGGCCAGCUACGGUAAGACUAUAGUUAAACGCUUUAGGAGCCCAUGAGUCAUCUCAUAUUAACUCAUAUUAGAGUAGGUGGAACAUGUUGUCCGGGAGAGUAUAGCCUGAGAAGACAACAUUUCACGACGUUACCACUGGUUUUCCCGCGAAAUGGCGUCUAAGAAACGACUGCAGAUAUUCCUUACUGAUGACUUGUCACUACCCAGAUCUGUUAAGUGCUUCUCAUUGGUCCUGCCAAGAAGGGAAAUUUGCCUCAACCAGUCAGAACCAUUACCCAGAUCUGGGUAGUGAUGCGUUGUCCGUAGAUGUCAUUUCGCGGGAAAACCAGCGGUGGCGUCACGGUGAAAUAAUCGACUGUUGUAGUGAGCUACAGAGAGCGUAGUCCUAAAUACGACUUUUGUUGUUGACUGUGUGGUAGCCAUCUUAUUACAGUAGCCUUAUUACAGUACUUCAUUUUGUAUGAUCAUACUCAAAUCCUUUUAUUUUGCACACAGCCGACUGGAAAAACUUGCUUAUAACAGUGACACUGCAUGCAAGCAGAGUAGAAGAAAUUUCGAUUUACGCGCUUUAGAAGAGGAUUAAAAUCGAUGUAACAAAAAAUACUAACAGGUGAAACAGGAUAGAAACAGAAGAAAUACACUUUCGACAAAUUAAGUCUCGGGGUUAUUAUUCACGCAAAAUUCAUUGACAGGUUCUAUAUUUCGUGAAGUUUACUAUUACCCAAGAGUCACGCAUUAAGUAAAACAGAACACAUGCAGUUUGUGUAUCAAAUGUAUCAUUCGUUAUUUUUAACAUUUCAGGCAAAUUUUGCACCCGAAACUGAAGCAGCAGGAACCAAGUUUAACAGCAGAUCUGGGCGACCAGACUGGGCAGUACAGGCAGCCAUAACUCCUGUCCGAGCAAAUCGUCCACCACCCCCAGAGCUGAAACCCUCGGCGCAGUCUCUUGGAAAUGCAAGAGGGGUCAGAGAUCUACCAGGUAUAUACUAGCUGCACGAUGCUUGUGCGUGGUAUACUCUGAAAUAUUUCCAGAGUGACUCACUAUACUAACUUACAUGCAUAUACAGUGUAUACUUCUAGUUCAUAUUUUGAAGAGAACCCGUAGCCUGGGAUACCGCGGAAUACGCAUGUUUUUUUUUCUGCCCUGUAUUCUUCGGGGCAUUGGAUAAAUGCACGUGUACGGGUACAUUUUUUAAAGCUGUUAAAGGGGCUAUGUCACGGCAGUCCAGUUCAUUUUGUUUAAGUUUGCCAAUUACUCGCCUUCAAUCGCUAUGGAACUUUAAGUAAGCAAAGAAAUUACAUGUAAAUGACAAAAUCAGAGUCUCCUGAGCAUUAUUUUUGAAGUUGCAAGCAGCAGGGAUCAACUUUGAAAAACUGUUAGGUUGUACAGUUUUCAAAAAUCCUAAUUUUAAUCCGUUUCAAUCUUCUUCAGUUUUGCCCAUCCGUGACAUCUGUUGUAUCUGUUAUGUUAUUUUAACCUUCCUUUAAAGUUUUGAGCGGUUAUUUUUAUGUUUCUCUUGAUUCAACGGCCAUUUUGUAAUUUCCUAAUUUGGUUGAAUUUCAUGACACAGCUCCUUUAACUUGAAGUUGAUGAACCUGUAGAAUAAAAGAUUUCAAGGUGGUUUGUAAAUCAAUAUGGGCUUGGCUUUAGCUUUCGUGGGAAUGAGUUCCUUGUACUAACAACUGGCUCAACAUUUACAUCGACUAAGUUGCUUUUCUUUUACUCUUCUCUUCUUUGUGCUACAUUUAUAUAAAGCUACGUACAAGGCCUCGUUGACCCCCAGUUGGGUGUGGUCUAUCUGUCAUGGGGAUAGGGCCCGCAGUCAUUGGCGUCAUGCUGUUGAGUUGUCCUUGCCAAAAUUGGCAAAUCUAAGUAUAUAAAUAUUAAGCAAAUAAAUUCAGAUAAUCUUUCUUGUUUUAGGCGCGGAGUUGUUCAGGAGUCAGCCUUGGACGAGACCCCCGGACUAUGACUCUGACUAAAGAUACAAGACUGACAUCCUCCACUUGGUUACAAAUUCAAUACUGGAUAGCCAUUUCGUCCACUUCCUGGCCAAUAUAAGAGAAUAAUUUUAGUUUUAUGAAAAGUUGAAGAAUAAAAGCACAGUAAGAAACUCUGCCAAUAGAUUUUAUAAUCAAAAUUGACCAACUAAGGAAAAUGUUUUACAAGGAAUGUUUUAUAGUCAUACUUUAUACAAAUCUUUACCUAUACUUAGCCCGUAAAGCGUCAAAAUAUGUACGCAAGUAAAUCUUAGUGAAAAAAAAGAACAGAAUACUUUGUAUAUAAAGCUAGUAAGACAACCAGAAUACUGUCAUGGAAUAUAUUGUUCAUCCUGUUAAUACCAUUUUAAUGAUAUUAUCAUGUUGAACUUUGUUUUCCGUUGUACUGCAGGAUUUUAUAACUACAGUUUGUUAAAGAAAACGUAUUUAUUUAAUUUUUUUUAUUUAAUAUAAUAUAGCAGGCGCUCAUGAAUAUAGCAAUUGAAGGACGUAAGAGGGUGAAUUAAGAGGUGAAUAAAGGUUCAUAAUCCAUGUUACUGGUCAUUUAUGCAGUGCUAGAUCGUUCUUUGAAACUUUUGAAUCUGUGGAUGAAAUCCUAAAGUGU